GUACGGUUGACCACGGGGGCAGCCCCUCAUUAUUAACUCUUUACAUCAUUGGAUGACUUGCUUCCUUUUAACCACCAGAGUUAGCUUCGUCGAUGCACCAAGAGAAAACCAUAUUGCAUACAUUGACCUGCAGAACCAAUCAUUGAGUAGCAUUUUGUUCCGAUCAGAAACCGGCCCGUUGUUGUUUUAUAUUUCCGUUUUACAGCAAGUUGCUUCUUAGUUUCCUCUUUAGUAUAUUUUAAUCACAUCUCACAACCACCAAACACCCACCAUGGCAGCCACCGACCAGCUCACCCUGAAGGGCGACCCGGCGCACCUGCUCCCCCCGUCAUGGAAGACGCAAAUCACAGGCUGGCUGGCCGAGGACACGCCGUCGUUCGACUACGGCGGCUUCGUGGUGGGCGAGGGGCAGCGCACGGCCACGCUGCUGUGCAAGAGCCCGGGGGUGCUGGCCGGCCGGCCCUUUUUCGACGAGGUCUUUGCGCAGUGCGGCUGCACGGUCGAGUGGGGCUUUCCCGAGGGCUCCAGCCUGGACCCGGGCGCGGCAUCCGGCAAGGUCAAGGUGGCGGUGGUGCGGGGCCCCGUGCGCGGCAUCCUGCUCGGCGAGCGCGUGGCGCUCAACAUCCUGGCCCGGUGCUCGGGCGUCGCGACCGUGUCGCACAGGCUCGUCUCGGCCAUGCGCGACGCCGGCUUCCAGGGCCGCGUCGCCGGCACCCGCAAGACCACCCCCGGCUUCCGGCUGGUGGAGAAGUACGGCAUGCUGGUGGGCGGCGCCGACGCGCACCGCAUGGACCUGAGCAGCAUGGUCAUGCUCAAGGACAACCACGUCUGGUCGCGCGGGAGCAUCAGGGACGCCGUCGGCGUCGCCAAGGCCGCCGCGGGCUUCAGCGUCAAGGUCGAGGUCGAGGUGCAGAGCGAGGCCGAGGCCGACGAGGCCAUCGAUGCGGGCGCCGACGUGGUCAUGCUGGAUAACUUCACCCCCGCUCAGGUCAAGACCUCGGCGGCUAGCAUCAAGCAGCGCUGGGCGGGAAAGAGGCAUUUCCUGCUGGAGAUUUCCGGUGGUUUGACCAUCAACAAUGUGGAGCCAUAUGUUUGCAAUGAUAUCGACAUCAUAUCUACAAGCUCCAUACACCAGGGUGUUCCUCAUGUGGACUUUUCGCUCAAGCUCGAUCAUUAGCGGCAAUUGUCAGUCGACUUGGGGGUAAGGGGUCGCAGGCAACAAGAAGCAGAAAAGAAACAAAGCCUGGGAGAAGCCAGAAAUAAAUAUUGUAUUUGUCUGUAUCCGGUGCUCGAGUAUAUCGUCCACCCACUGAAAUAUAUAUCCUGCUAGUCUAGUCUAGUUCAAGGACUGAGUGUUUGUCUUUAAUCCUUGUAACUUGAAGGAAUCGAGUAUUUGCGGUCGAGUUGAUAUAUACAUAUAUGCCAGGAACAACCACCCUCAGGUGAGACCAUCGAGGACUUGGAUCUAUGAAAAGGGCAGUGCCUAAGCAUAAUUGCAUAUAGAAGCCGGGCAGAGAAUGAAAUAAAUAUCUUACAUUGUACUACAAAUACA